GUCAUCCAGCCAACAAGGAGGGAACGAAGGUGGAAGUAGGGAGCCACCGUGAAAGGGCCCGCCUACUUGUUACAGUUGCAAGCAACUUGGACAUUACGCACGCGACUAUUGGAUGCGUUGGAAGGAUCGGUAUGAAGCCCUGAAAGUUAAACAGGGGGAUGGAUCCAAGCAACCGCAAAGCCGAACAGUCUCCCCGCCGAACCGAAGAUGGGAGCAGAUACGUGGAUCUUCUUCGUACGAACAAGGACGAGGUAGCAGAGGAUCAUAUAGCGUGAAGGAUCUUGUGACACUCCUGGUGGCAAAGGAAGAAGCGAAGGCGAAGAAGAAGCAGGAGAAGGAGGAUAGACUGAGGUUGGAAGAGGAGAGAAUCGCGAAAGAAGGAAAAAGAUUGAGGAAGGAACAAAAGCGAAAACAGGAACAGGAGGAGAACGACCAGAGACUGGCGAAAAUCUUGAAUAUCCAGUUCUCAAAAAGAUACGGUAAGAGACAUGAGUAUAUGGGAGGUAAAUACUCACCUGAGGUAGGAAAAAUUCGAAGCAGACGUCGACGGGAACAAAGAGCAGCGUGGAAGCGUCGCGACUACCGAGGGAGUUCGGUAUCCGAAUCAGACGAUGCGAUCUUGGAUAUCAGCCAACGAACGGAAAACUUAGCACUGUUCGAUAAGCGGAAGAGAGUCAUCACUACGGAGAAGGAAGAAUCUGAGUCCAGUCCGACCACAACUCCAUUGAUGCAAAGUCGAGUGAGGAGGGGAAGGCCACCUACUUCAAGUAAGAAGAUGAAGACUUCGUUGAAGCCUAUUACCAUGAGGGCCUUACAAGAGAAGAACGAUCCUUCGUUGAAAGGGGCAUCGGCAGGAUUGGGACCAGGAGCACGAGAGCAGUUCAUCCAGGACACUGAGAAGUACCUCGAAGCUUUGGAUUACCGUGAAGUACAGUGAUUAUGUAAAAGCGAGGGGGUGAUAUACGUGAGGAAAGGGCAGGCCGUAGCAGCUUUGGCAGA